UAUAUGCAGUUGUCCUCGGAGUGUACAUCACAUCCACACGGCGGGCUUUUACUGCCUCUACCAGCAGAUUUUCAUACGUGGAUCAGAAUAGGCACUCCUGUUUGCUGCUACAUACACUGAACAGGACAUUUCUCACACCAGUUCUGAAUAUAACGGACAAAAGAAUGAUGGUCAACAUAAUAAUGUUUUGUCUGCUUGGAGUAGUUUUUGCCACCCCAAUUUCCUUCAACGCCGUGUUGGAAUCAAAUGAGCUUGACUCAAACUCGACUGAAAGUUUGUCUGUUUCACAAUCAUCGGAAAAUAGUACAUCAGAGCUUCAGAGCUCUGAAGAAAAUACCUCAAGUCAAAGUCAGAGUUCAGAGUCUGAGUCUGAAUCUAAAUCUGAAUCACUCGAAUCCACAUCAGAGGACACGACUUCAGAGGAGAGUAACAGUCUAUCAGAUGAGGAUGAUGUGGCAGACUCCAUGGCUGAAACCAGAGAUAAUAGUAUGGGCAGUGAGGAGAACGUUCGAAAGACUUGGUUUCAAGUGUUUGCAAGUGUCAUCCAAAUCCUGAGUGCAGAGGACAACAGCAUCGCAGAGGUCAAGGGUCAAUCAGACCACCUGACUGAGAAACAGCCCACUCAUACCUUCAACAGCACCACUUUCAGACAGGGGACCAUCCCAAACCUACCGCUGGUGGAGAAUCCCACCGACAGCAGUGCCGCCAAUGAGAGCAGUGAGAGCACCAGCAGUGAAAGCAACGAGACCAGUGAGACCAGUGAAACCAGUGAAACCAGUGACAGCAGUGUCAGCAGUGACAGCAGUGACAGCAGUGACAGCAGUGACAGCAGUGACAGCAGUGAUGCCAGCAAGAGCGCGGAGGACAGUGAUGCCAGUGACAGCGCCGAGCUGGUGCAAACCAAAACCAGAGACUGUGUGAAUGGAACUCAGAGCUGUGAGAGUGACGAGUAUUUGUUCCAGGAUAUAGGAGACGACGCUGAAUACUCAGUGGACUCUCUGAUGAUGCCAGAUGAGAAUGAGAGGGAGUUAAGUCUAAGGAGAUGAUGACAUGCAGUUAUGUGCAGCUCUAUAUUUUUCCACUAUGAACUACUGCACCAUUAAAUGACUUGCCUGAAGACUUCAGGACACUGUGCUCUUGCCCAUCGCUUCUGAAUGUUGAUUUUGGCAUUAUUAUUUUAACUUCAACUGAUGGAUUUUUGUAUAUGUGAUUACUAUUGUGACGAUAAUGUAGCCGAAGCAUUUAUUUUUACUGUAUUGAUAAUAAUAAACGAAUAAUAUAACCA